CGCACCACCGCCGCCGUCGCCGCCGCCGUCGAUUGCAUCGCCAGUGCGGCCAACUGGCGGACCAGGCCAACGUCGUCGUCGUCGUCGUCGUCGUCGUCGUUGUCGUCGUCGUCGUCGGGAUUCCGGGGCUGCGCACUCGAAUUUCGAAGACAUCUUUAGAAUAAAAAUUUCAAAACAAGAAAUCGAUUUUAUCGCUCGAGAGCGGUCGAUUCCCGCGCGUCGAAGGGAAUCGAAUUCAAAAUCGAAAUUCAACCUGAAGUCGACCUUUGGAAUCAAAGAUGGCAGCCUCGAGGCACAGCAGUGCAAUGAUUAAUGUUUUCGUAAUGAGAUAAGCUUGAUUGAAGCAUUCUGUUGAAUAUUUUGUUGUAAAAUUAGAAACAUAACAGAAAAAUGGCGAGCUGUGUUAAUUCCACGUUGAACAAUCUUCUGAUGUCCUAUAAAAACUGGAUCGUGGCGAAUCCGCAAUUACUGACCGACAUCGAAGCUACCGUCAGAUGUUUGUCUUAUUUCAGUUUUGGACAUUUGCGCAAUUCGACUUUAGCCUCAGAAUUAAUUUAUUCCAUACCGAAUCUAAUUGUAUUCUGCAAUGACUUGCUUUUGUAUAACAGCAGACGCCAGAACUUAAAGAUACCUCAGUUUGACUCUAAGAUAAAAAUUUGGCUGACCGUGGUGGAGUACACCGAGACGCUGCUCGAGGUAUCUGCCAAGAAGUUGUGGGGAUCAAAAGGAAGAUGGUUAAUAAUCGUAGUUAUACAAUUGUUCAAGUCCAUAUUACGAUUGAUAUUAGUUCAUGUAUAUAAGGAACGAGUAACGAAGAGUCCAGCGACACCGCCGCUUAACAGGGAGAAAUUCAAUAAAGCUGUCAACAAAGUGCAAUUGAAGGAGGGCUUUACGCUCAAAAGAUCGGGCACUGUUGUCAGAAGUGUAAAAUAUUCGGCUCCUAUAGAGGUACGAGCGUGGAAACCUCUGCCUUCUGUCGUAGACGAGAAUGAAAAUUUGGCUUUGAACCAGGAAUCUGUGAGGAAUCUGAAACUAGCCGAGAGUCUUUAUGUAACAAAGCCAUUGCUCCAUCUUGGAAGUAUGUACAUAACUAACCAGAAACACUGGCCGCCGUGGAUAUUGUCGCUUAUUAUCGAUUUAGCCAGUUUAAAUGUCUUCGCUCGUUGCGCCAAAAAAGCACUAUUUAGUAAAGAUGAGGAGGAAGAGCUCGUGCGUCGAAGAUUGAGUUUGCUGUUGUACAUCUUGAGAUCGCCGUUCUACGACAAGUACAGCCGCAAUAAGAUAAACGCGCUACUCGACACGUUAUCUACCUCCGUGCCUUUUGCCAAAUACUUGACGAGUGCUGUCGAAAAGAAUUUACCAUAUAUGCAGAAUAUGUAUUUUUACAUGUGGUCGCGUUAACUUACGGACUCUCUACGAAGAAUGCAUAAUCUAAACUUUGCACAAAUACGAAAGCUGUAUAAUAUAAGCAUUCCAUAAUUUGUAUAAUUGGAAGGUCGUAGAAUUACAUUAUUUUUAUAUUGUUCUCUAUUAUACUAUUUCGGGAUAAAGUUAUUGGUGUUCAUAAUUGUUUGGUAUAUUUUGUUUCAUUAAUUUAUAGAAAUAAAUGAAGGGUAUAAGAAA